UGAGGGAGGAGGAGCCGCGCCGCCGCCCCUGCCCCGGGCCAGCCCCGGGAUGGUGUUGGCUGCGGGAGCCGGGCCCUGACGCCGCGCUCAGACUGAAGACAGCAGUAAUGCUCACUCUGGCAAGCAAGUUGAAGCGGGAUGAUGGUGUCAGAGGACCCCGUGCAUCCAAUCCAGCUUCUGAUUCCACUCGGAGGGUGUCUGUACGAGAUAAAUUGCUUGUUAAAGAGGUUGCGGAACUUGAAGCUAAUUUACCUUGUACAUGUAAAGUGAAUUUUCCUGACCCAAACAAGCUUCAUUACUUUCAGCUAACGGUAAUCCCAGAUGAGGGCUAUUACCAAGGUGGAAAAUUUCAGUUUGAAAUUGAAGUUCCUGAUGCCUACAAUAUGGUGCCUCCGAAAGUAAAAUGCUUGACAAGAAUCUGGCAUCCAAACAUCACAGAGACAGGAGAAAUCUGCUUAAGUUUAUUGAGAGAACAUUCAAUUGAUGGCACUGGCUGGGCUCCAACUAGAACAUUAAAGGAUGUUGUCUGGGGAUUAAACUCUUUAUUUACUGAUCUUUUGAAUUUUGACGAUCCUUUGAAUAUUGAGGCUGCAGAACAUCAUCUGCGUGACAAGGAGGACUUCAGGAAUAAAGUUGAAGAUUACAUGAAGCGCUAUGCGAGAUGAUGAAGGGUGAUGGCCAGCAGGACCACGGCUUCCAUGCUGUCUUUAACUUCAACAACACCAACCAGAAGAAAACCAGCCCGGACUGUACCAGUCCAGUGUCCAUGUUGUACCGAAGAAGAAACCUAACUUCAUAACUUGUCCAUGUUAAAAGGAGAGUUCAGCAUCAAUACAGCAAGAAAAUUGUGUUUGUUGGUUGAAAAAAAAAAAAAAAAAAAAAAAAAACAAAAAAAAAAAACCAAGUUGUUUGCUUACUUUUAAAAUGUUUACUCUUCUGAACUGUACUGUAUAUCCUGUUGAUGAGAUAUGCUUGACAAGUUAAAAGAAAUCACUAUUGGAAUUGUAAUUAUUAUUGUUAUUUUUUUUUAAAACCUUUUGCCUCGUUUGGGGAAAAAAGAAAAAGCCAAAAGCAAGCAGGUGGUGUGGGUUUGGAACACUUCAAGUUGGCAAUAAAAUGGUCUCCUGUGAACCAAA